UGGUGCGAGGGGCCGGGCUGGGCCGGGCCGGGCUGCCCGCCGGGCCGUGCGGGGCGGGGGGAGCCGAGGGAGGAGAAGUUCCAGUGUCUCGGCCUAGCCGUGUUAUUCGUCCCCAAGGCUCCUGCUGCUUUUUGUUAAUUAAUUAAUUAGUGGUUCCGAAGGUCCCCCCAGGGCUCGGGUAGCAGUAACUGUAGAAGUGCGGGUAAUGACGGCCGGUUUUCAUAGCGCUCAUGGCUCGCACCUGUCGCUUGAGUUACACCUCACGGGCUAUGCAUGGCUGGCCAGGCCCCCCCGGCUGCGGCGGCUUCGUGCGCCCCGCUGUAAUUCAGAAGACUCCAGACCCAUCAUUUCUGUCCCUCUGAUAACUCUGCCCGCAGUGACAUUUACAGGCUGGGUGGGAGCAAGCGCCGGGAAGCUCAGCAGAGGCGACAGCAGAAUCCUUCAGCCAAAUUACGCUGUUCUAAUGCUUUGUCCCUUGCACACAGAUGUUUACCCACUUUUCUAAAUAAUCUAAGAAGCUGAAUUCUUCUCCAAAUUUUCUUCACAUGAGGUUGCAGUAAAAAAACUUGAUGUCAUUUGAGCAGGACAAUUAAACCCCUGAGGAAAUAUUAGACAGGCCAUAGAGAUAGGAUUACUUGCUGCAGAAAGAAGCAUCACCGCACUACAAUGUAAUGAAGCCGUUACUUGCAACCAUUUCAGGAUGCUCUUGCAGCAAAACGUAUAUUUUCCUUGAUUUUUAACCAUGCAGAUUAAUUGCUGGACCUUCAAAAUACAAAGAGAAGUAUUUUGAAAUGCCUGGUAUUUGGCUGUGGAUUUUGGAGCAUGAUGAAAAAUGGGAAAUAUGUCUGACUGCUGCAAAGAGGGCCUGGAGAUGAUCCCUUGAAAGCACUAGGAUGCCCGGCUGCUUUAAAAAGACAUUAUUUGCCUUGGCUUCUCUAAUAAGUUUUGUAUCUUUUAUCUUGAUUGUUGUUGCAAUGGGGACCCCAAAGUGGAUGACUGGAAAGAUCCUUUGCAAAACAGGGGCUGAUUUGGUCAAUGCCACCGAUCCAGAGCUGGUCAAGUUCAUUGGAGAAAUUUACUACGGACUCUUUCGGGGCGGCAAAAUCCGCCAGUGUGGCUUGGGCGGGCGGCGUUCCAAAUUCACAAUUUUCCCACACAUGGUGAAAAAGUUGAAUACAGGCCUGCAUGUGAUGAUCAUAAUUUUCCUCUGUGUGGCCAUUUUCUUUUCUCUGGUCAGUUUUGGAUUCUGCAUUCUUAACGCAAUAAAAGUUCCGUACCGGGCUAUUAACGGUCCAGCAGGAGCAUGUCUUUGGAACUUCCUUGCAGGUGGAUUUGUAGUACUUGCAGUCACCAGCUUCAUGGCUGCUGUGAAACUUCAUCACCUCACAGAAAGAAUUGCCAAUUUUCGGGAAAAUGUCUUUCGGUUUGUUAUCUUAGAAGAACGCUUUGAAGACUGUUUUUGGAUUUGUGUGGCAAGUGCCACAGCACAUGCAGUGAAUUUGCUGCUAAUAGCCAUUAGUGGGAUACAUUUCCCUAAAAUUAAGACUAAAACAGAAGAAGUGAAUGUUACAGCAGAAGAUAUCAUGUACUAACAAAUCUACACAAAACUAUUUUGGUCAAGUCGAUUGUUGUGACAGAAACAGCUUCUUGGCUCUUCAGCCUUUGUUUUGGAUAGAUGAUUUAUUUACAAACCUGAGUAAAGAUGUCAGUCUACAAUACCAGCAACUAACAUGUCUGUGAAAAAAUAUGCUAUAAAUAUCAUUAUUCUCAAAACAGACUGGUAUCUGCAGUAAAUAUAUGCCGUUUCUCAGUUUUUAGAAUAUUUGCACUUUGGGGUAUUUUAGAAAACUAAGGUAAAAUAUUUCAUCAGAGCAGAUGUCUUCUUUAUUUAGAAAGACAACAUGUUUAACACAAAUCUUUGAAACUAUAAGGUUAUUUCAAAACAGAAAGAAUGUAUAUUUGGCAUUUACUUUCACAGAAUUAUCUAGAGCAUAUUGAGAGGGACAUAUAUGUUUGAAAAUGUUAUACAGCAUUGAAAAACAUCAUCUGUGAGGCUAAAGGUAAGGGGCAGCAAAGGCUAAGUGUGUGUGUGUGAAAUGCUUUUA